AUGGGCGUGCAGUAUCGCGCUCGAGAUUCAAAGCCCACAACCAUGCCGAUUCUCCUCCAGGACGACCACCAGCACACGGCGCCGAUGACGUUUACCCCGCCCCAGCCCGAGCGGUCGACGACCAAGCCGGUGACGUCGCCGCUGACGCACGACGAAGACGAAGCCUGCCAGUCCAUGCUGCUCGUCAACUACAUUAUCUAA